UCUCAGAUUAAAGAAAACGUAGAUACUAUAUUUUAAAUCUAUGUUUCAAGUAAUCAAAUUUUGUCGAUCGCCACCUAUCCAUUACUGAAUUUUCAUACCCUUUUUGUCUUUCGACUGACUGGUUCAUUUCAUAUUGAAAUACCAAACAUCUAGUAAUUUUUUGCAUAAAAACUGCGCCUUGCAGAUUUUCCUUUGUCUCUUUUAGCUUUUCAUCAGAGGCAAAGCUGAUAUCUUAUUCAUGAACUCGUCACAUUUACGGGAUUGGAAAUCUUGGAGGUGACGCAGACACAAAAAAGAUAUGGACCAGGAUUUUUGGAGCAUUAUUAAGUUGAAUGAAUUUUCACCUGAAAGGGUAUUUUUGAAGAUGUAUUUGGUGGAGAGCAAAGCAGGGGCAAUAGCUUGUAUGCUAUUUUCUCUGUUAUUCUUGGGAACAUGGCCUGCUCUGCUUACUUUGCUUGAACGACGAGGUCGUCUUCCUCAACAUACUUAUCUUGAUUAUACUAUCACAAAUCUUUUGGCUGCUACUUUCAUUGCUUUUACUGUUGGUGAGAUUGGAAGGAGCACAAUGGACAAGCCAAAUUUUUUCACUCAGCUUUCUCAGGAGAAUUGGCCGAGUGUUCUGUUUGCAAUUGCUGGGGGAGUGGUCCUCAGUCUAGGGAACCUUUCAACACAAUAUGCUUGGGCUUAUGUUGGUUUGUCAGUCACUGAGGUUAUCACUGCAAGCAUUACGGUUGUUAUAGGAACGACCUUGAAUUACUACCUUGAUGACAAAAUUAACAAAGCUGAGAUUCUUUUUCCUGGCGUUGGAUGCUUCUUGAUUGCUGUUUGUCUAGGCUCUGCUGUUCAUGCAUCCAAUGCAGCUGAUAACAAAGCAAAACUUGAUUAUUUUGAAAAUGACUCUAAGAAUGGGGUUGGGAUAAAAGCUGUUGCUGACGUUAAACAAACAAAUACAAACACAGCUGAUAUGAAUGACUUGGAGAAUGGAGUUGCUUCUGAGGAGAAGGCAAAAGCUGGGACCGCGCUUUUCCUUAUAGAAGUUGAGAACAAAAGGGCAAUGAAGGUUUUUGGGAAGAGUACUUACAUUGGUCUGGCCAUUACCUUCUUUGCUGGAGCUUGUCUUUCUCUCUUUUCGCCAGCAUUCAACCUAGCAACAAAUGAUCAGUGGCAUGUUCUAAAACACGGGGUUCCACACUUGAGUGUCUAUACAGCAUUUUUCUACUUCUCGGUUUCUAGCUCUUUGAUUGCCACGAUUCUGAACUUCGUCUUCUUGUACCGCCCUGUACUAAAUGCACCCAAAUCGUCGCUGAAGUCUUAUGUGAACGAUUGGGAUGGUAGAGGUUGGGCACUUUUGGCGGGACUUUUGAGUGGAUUUGGAAAUGGUCUCCAAUUUAUGGGAGGUCAAGCAGCUGGAUAUGCAGCUGCAGAUGCUGUUCAGGCACUGCCUCUUGUGAGCACAUUUUGGGGAGUAAUAUUGUUUGGAGAGUACCGAAGAUCAUCAGGAAGAACGUAUACACUUCUUGGGGGAAUGUUGCUCAUGUUUAUAGCAGCAGUUGCAAUCCUCAUGGCAUCAGCAGGACAUCGCAAAUAGAACGGGGGACAAAUCGAAUAGUUUAAUGUUUCUGUACAUAUCACCUUACCGCUUCUUGUGAAUAGAAGCAAUUCCGGUCAAAGAACAUUCGUUAGAGUCAGUUAGAAUCUUCUUAGCUUAUUUCAGUUUCUGUUUACUAAAGAAAGAAACUGAAGAAAACCAUCCAAGUGAACUCUUGGAAGAAGG